CUUCUUACCAAAACGGACAAAACCAUCUUCACAAUCCUCUCUCUUGUGAACAAUGGCGAACUUUGCAACCCUAGCAGCUAUCUUUGCAGGCCUCCUGGUGAUGUCCCACGUCGCCUCGGCCCACCGGACCAUAAUAACCACGGUUGAGAUCGACGAGGACGACGAGAGGCGCGGAAGUGGGAGCUGCCACGAGCAGGUCCAGACGGAAGGCCUCGAGCAAUGCGAGCAGCUGUUCCACGACAUUGGCCAAGGUGGUAGCCAACUGAUGGAGUCGCAGCACUUCAGGCCGUGCUGCCAGGAGCUGCGGCAGGUGGAACAGCAGUGCCGGUGCCGAGGAAUUAGGCAAGUCGUAAGGGAGGAACAGAGCGAGUUCAGACACCAGGGAAUGCAGAGGGUGGUGAAAUCGGCUCGGGAAUUGCCUUCGGCGUGCGGUUUUUCGAGCCCUCAUCAUUGUGAGAUCAGAGCCAUUUGGUUCUGAAACCCUAAUCAGCUAGCUUGCUAGCUAGCUAGCUAACUUGCUUGUGCGGGCAUUAGAAGAUGGAGAUGUUAAUAACGAUAUUUAAGUUCACUCUCAUUUCUCUGGCUUUUAGAGUUAUGAGAACUCCUAAUCCACGCGAU